AAGUUCAUGCCACACUUCAAUGGGCCUUACAAGAUCGUAUUGGCGAACCCUGGGACAUCAACUUACAUGCUCGACAUGCCAGCACAUACCAAUAUCCUGCCCACCUUCCAUGCUUCAGAACUGAAGGGCCACAUCCAAAACGACAAGGACUUGUAUCCCUCACGUGAACAAAAAUGGCCAAAACCCUUCAUCACAACAUCUGGUGCUGAAGAAUGGGAGAUAGAGAAGAUUAUAGAG